AUGGACUCACAAGUAGCCCGAUUAGUCGAUAAGAUCUGGGCGAAAUUCCAGGAUACGCCUGAAAAUGCCCGCCUACUUGUUGCAGUCAGUGGAAUCCCCGGUUCCGGAAAGACCGAGCUUGCGAUUACAAUGGCAAAACGGAUCAAUGAAUUACACGGCGGACAAAACAACGGUCUAAUCGCUGCUGCAAUCCCCAUGGACGGAUACCACCUCACACGCGCACAGCUCGCUCAAAUGCCUGAUCCAGAGUACGCGGCCGCACGACGAGGCGCAGCAUUUACGUUCGAUGGGGAGAAGUUCUUAGCCUUAGUUCGUGCGCUGCGCGAGCCAUUAACAGCCGAAACGCAAACGUUGCAUGCGCCCAGUUUUGACCACGCAGUCAAGGAUCCCGUGGACAAUGAUAUCCCCAUUGCUGCUGCGAGACGGGUUAUAUUCUUUGAAGGAAAUUACCUGAGUUUGAAUAAGGAGCCGUGGAGCUCGGCGGCGAAGCUGAUGGAUGAGCUGUGGUUUGUGGAUGUUGAUUUCGAUACGGCACGGCAACGCUUGAUCAAAAGGCAUGUUAAGGCGGGGAUAGCGAAGGACGAGGCUGAUGCCGAGAAGCGGGCGAACGAGAAUGAUCUGGUCAAUGGACGAGAGAUUGUGGACUGUAGGCUUGAGGUGCAGGAGGUUAUUCAGAGCUCAUAUGAUCCCAAGUGGGAGUACUGA